AUGCCGGAUCCGCCCGGCGCCGAUGCGCCCCCGCCCGAGGACCUAUUGGGUGGUAAUGGCGCGAGUGAUUCAUCACUCAACACGCAAACGCGUGAAGCGGUCACUGGAGGAACCGCGAAUCCUCCAGCUUGGUCGCCCGAGGCAACUCAGGUCCGGUUGGACCAUGAGAAGCUGAUGAAGAAGACCUUCCAAGUGCUCGGGAUUGUUCCCUCCAGCAAGUCGACCCGCCGACUGAUGGUCCUGAUGCACGACGCCUCGACCCCGCCUUCGCAGGCGCCAGCGCUCGCACGAGCCGCCCAAAGAGCGGUGCGAAACGACGCAGCCCCGGCCUCCAAUGUGAUUCGAGUCAUUAUGGAUGGUCCUGGAUCACCCAGAGGUCCUGUACAGACCGCGCUGCGCAAGCACUUUGGAUUGGCCGAGACGCCGUUCAUGUUCGCGCGGCCCGAGGGCGUCGUGCUUGACCCCGAGGUCGAGAAGCUUUUCUCGAAAUGCGUGAAGCUGAACCCGAUUGUGACGAAAGCCACGAAGAGGUUCCCGAUCGCUCGUCACAUAUACGAGCUUGUAUUCGAAUCCGAGCAAGCUUGUCUUGAAGCCGCUUCAGUGGGCCCAUUCCCCUACCACGGCAAGGAGAUGGUUACCGAGCUCCCCAGCGCCUCUCCCCUUAACCACGUCGUGCAGGUGCGAUUCACCUUGCCCUCCUCCUCCAGCGCGAUCCCCGCUUCCGUGCUCCGAAAAUCUCUCGAUGAUGCUAUCACCCUUUCGUUCGGCCGCGCAGGUCGCACGCAAGGUUAUACCCUGAUGCAAUUACAGCGGGGCCUCGCGGUCGAUCCGAAUGGCGAUCCGAUGGCCAUGACCGAAGACGGGUUCCACUGCGCGUACCUUCGCUUACAUGCUGAUCUUUUCCAAGGCUCCAUCGAGACGCAGAAGGCCGCGCUCAACGCCGCUUUGCCACAAGAGAUCGAGAUCCUGGGCGCCAAGUACGGCUUGCGACACGAAUUCGAGACGCACUACUGCGCGGUGUGCGAUCGCGCCGGACACCAGUGGGGUGCUUGCAGGAAGCCGGUUUCGACUCCGGCCACCGCCGCCCCUGUUCCGGGGGCCUCGACCUCGACUUCGACUUCGACUUCGACCACCGGCUUCCGAGUUGCUGGAAAGAAUGGGAAGCACGGUGGGCCUGCCGCAUUGAACUCUCGUGUCUCUGGCGCGAACAUGAUCCAGCUGGGACCUCGUGCUAACCCCGCAGGUGCAGUAACCGCCAACAAGGACGACGCGAACGACGGCGACGACGAGUCGGUCGUUUCGACCGAACCGGAGGGCGGCGACACUGGGGAAGAGACGUCGACGCGUGCGACCCUGGGCUCAACAAAGGAGACGCAGACGACGAUGGCGGCGCCCGUUUCGACCCCGACCUCUCCUUCGCCUUUGUCCGGUGGCACGUCGGGAUCAUCGGCAACCUCGACAACCUCGAUAGCCUCGACGAGUCCUCGACGCCUUCGUUCGAGCUCGGCACCCGGCAACCGACGUGUCACCCGGGCGGGAUCCGCCAUGAUCCUCGGUGCAUCAGGGGGUGAUGGCUCAGGGGGCAACAGUUCAGGGGGUCACAGGUCCGAGGUGACCGAAUUCGAGGGGGGCGGCGCUGAACUGAUUUAAUCAUGAUUGAGUCACUCACCGUGUUGACGUUCAACGUCCGAUCGAUGAAGAACGCAGUCAACCAAGUCAAAAUCAUCCGUUAUCUCAAAACCCUUCGGCCGGCCCCUGCGGCCAUCCUCCUGCAAGAGCACCACCUCAGCUACAACGCGUCGCGCGAAGGCUUCGAGAGUGCUUGGCCGGGGGCUUGUAUUCGUUUCACUCCUCAUGUCCUUACCCUCAUACCCGAUGGCUCACCUUUGGCGGGCCAUCUCCUUUCCUCUACCCCGGUCGUCUUUGCAGGAGCUCCUCGUUUCGACGGUCGGAUUCUGCGCUCGGUGUUUCGUCUUGAGGAGCUCGAUGUCGAGAUCAUCAACAUGUACGCGCCGGUGCAGGAGGACGAUCGUCGCGACUUUUUCGGGCUUCUGCACUUCAGCGCCCCGAGACCCAAGACUCUUCGGAUCUUGGCCGGCGAUCUCAACGAUUGUCCGGAUGUAUCGGUCGACCGAGUGUCCAUCACCGAUCGCGCUUGGACUCCUGUAUCGCACUGGCAGACCUUGCUGUCAAAGAUCGCGUUCAAGGCACUCGACACGGUCCGACAUGUCCAUUCUUGCACCCCUGCAUUCACUCGUCCUCACUACCGUGGUAGAGGGGAAGAGCGAAAGAUUUGCUCGUGGUCGCGGAUCGACUAUAUUCUUGUCCAAUGCAGUUGGGCGAACCGGUUGUUGAGCGCUUCUACGCUCUUCGAUGCGCCCUGUUCGGACCACAGACCUGUAGUUGCGACUUUCGCUUUGCCUACAUCGAACGCUGAUGCCGAACCCCCCCUUUCUCUUCCCUCCACGAGCGAUUUCAUUUCGAGGCUCAACCCAAUGGUCUUUGACGAUCAAGACUUUGUCGCAUCGAUUCCCGGCGUCGUCGACGAGGUCUAUCGAAGGCUCGAGGGGACCGCUCCGCUCGGCGACGUCUAUGACGCCGCUCUGCGGGCGGUUGCAGUCGCUGGCCAUGCACGAUACCGCUCGACUCGUGCCGACAUGCGCCGACUGCGGGCCGAGAGCCAAUCCGUCAUGGAGGCUUUGGAGGCACGCGGUGAGCACAUGAAUGAGGCCGAGCGCGAUGUGUAUGCUCUUGCCAAGUCGCGGUUGGACCAGUUGGCGGUAAAGGAGGCUCAGUGGCUGCGCAUUCGUGCGCAUGUGCCGUCAGUCGACUCGAGGGAAGGUCAAUCGGCAAGCAUUCGCACGCGCCUCAACCGCCGGAGUCGCCAGACGAGCAUCGUCUCGCUGGAGGAUGUGGAUGGCACCGAGACCGUUGACAUGCAGGAGGCGCUGGGUAUUGCUUCACGGCACGCGCAGUCGCUCUUCACGCCGGACCCAGCUCGUGGCGACCCGACGAACGCACGCCGGUCCCUGCUCGACCCUAUUCGCGCAGCGAAAUGCUACGAUGACGACCGCUCGGACCCUACGUUCGGUCGUCGGCUGCCUCGUCAAGCGAGAGUGGCGCUUGACGAGCCCUUCACCCUCCUCGAGGUUGAAGCGGCGUUGAAGAAGACGGAUUCGGGGCGAUCACCGGGGCCCUCGGGCAUUCCGUACGAGCUCUUCAAGGCGCUGCCAACCUACUUUGCUCCCAAGCUGUUGGACUUGUUCAACUCGAUUUGGGAGGGCGGCAAAAUGACGGCGUCCUUGGCAGAGGGGCUGGUGCGGCUCUUGCCCAAGAAUAAACCGGGGGCCAAUCUGAAAUCACUGGGGGCAUACCGACCGAUCACAUUGCGCGAGACGACCUACAAGGUCCUCAGCAAGGUCUUGGUGGCGCGACUCAAUGGGGUGCUCGGCGAGCUUUUGCCGCCGGCGCAACACGGUUUCAUGCCAUCAAGACGUUCAGCGGACGCGGGAAGUCAUCUCACUCUCCUUCUCGAAAAACUCAAGUCGCUAGGCACUGAUGUUUUCCCCGAGGGCGCCCUCUUGUCUUUGGAUCAGCAGAGCGCGUACGAUCGGGUCGAUCACGCCUGGAUCUUCGAGGUCUUUGAGGCCUUUGGGUUCGGUGAGCGUUUCAUCUCGCUGCUGCGCGCUCUCUACGAUCCCGAGACUCUGGGGGUGCGCUACCUUGUCAAUGGGUUCCCCACGGACUUGGUGCGGUUGCUGUGUGGUCUCGGUCAGGGGGAUCCCCUCUCGUGCCCGGUUUGGAACAUCACGUUCCAGCCCUUCCUCGACGCCCUCGUUCGGCGCGGGAUCGCGCUCGACCUGCAGAAGGUGUGGCCAGGGGGGCCGCGUGCGCAGCUUACGCAUCUGGCGUUUGCCGACGAUGCUGUGGUGGUGGUGGAGUCACCGGCGGCAUUGUCGAAGCUGCAAACGCUGUCGCAGACGUGGUACGAGGCUACCAACGGGAAGACCAACACGGACAAGACGCUGGUGCUACCACUCGGACCGAACUGGCUUCGGGACGAGACUGCGCAGGCGCUGCCAACGGUGCAGGAGGGGGAGAGCUUCAAGUGGUGCGGCUAUGCCUUCUUUCGCCACGGUGACUCGAAACUGUUUUGGACCCAUGUUCUUGACAGGAUCAAGGCCAAGGCCCGCACCGCUCGAGACCGGACACUUUCGCCGAGUGGGAAGGUUUUCUAUGCCAACGCUCACAUCAUCUCGACGGUCCUCCACGUGCUGUCCUUCGACAUACCGCCUCAAUGGUUCAUUAAGGCGGCGGAGACGGCACUUACGGACUUUGUCUGGGGAGGAGCAGGGCGAAAUACCGUCGCUCGCGAUUUCGUGUUCCAGGCUCGGGAGGACGGUGGCUUGGGUUUGAUUUCGAUUGGCGACAUCGUUCAUUCGGUGGCGCUUCGAUUUUGGGAUGCUGUGGCGGGCUCGGACGAGGCGAUCUGGGCGCCCCUAGCUCGCGAGAGCUGGAGGUCCCUCGUCGCUGCGACCCGCGAUUUCAGUCCGUGGGGGUUCUUCAGCAGCACGGCUCGGGUCGAGAAGCUGUAUCGCGACUCGACGCGCUGGGGGGCAGUCGUUGCAGCGGCCAGGGUCACAGUUCCAACCAUCAAGUCCGAACUCCUUACGCUUCCCGAAUUGCUCUCGCUUCCGCCUCGCCUCCCUUCACUCUAUGCUGAAGGUGCCCAGCACGCAUAUGACGAUGCGGACGCGGUGGCGAAGUUUGCGCAGAUCGCGGACCUGUACUGGAGGGACGAAGGGAAGGGAUGGGCUCUGGUUGGUCAUCGACGCGGGUUCUGGCAGCACUCUAAGGAACCCGCCCUACAGCACGAGCACGUGUGGUCGCGCGUGGGUCAGUUGCUCAAGGCGAAAGCGUUGCUGCCCAAGACCGCGUUGCGACCUGCUCGGAUACCUCUCAAGGAGGCUCCCCGUCCUCGGUGCUUCAACUUCUUUGGGCUCUCCCGACCUUUUACGAUUCGCAAGCUUCGUCGGCUUGUGAACAAGGUGCGGUUCCCAGGGAGGGAGGACCGUGUCAAGCGUUUCCCUGAUGGGACUUCUCAGAGCGAUAGGAAGCGCUUCUGGAGAUGGCUUCAUGACCGGUUCGCAUCUGCUGUCGAGCAGGACACCCACUGGCGGCUCAUGUAUGACGUGACGCCGACGCGCAAGAGGCAGCAUACUCAGGGUCAUGCCUCUUCGCCGACGUGUCUGUUCUGUGGCAACGAUGCAGCGGUCAUCGAGACGGUGUCCCACUACUUUUUCGAGUGCGCGUACUCGACCAGCUUCUGGGGUGGGGUGCUACGCAUUCUGCUUGACAAGCUCGGCAUCGAGGAUACCGACGUCGAUCCGUCGACGUUCACUCCGGAGCAGCUGACUAUGGGGCUCCCCCUUUUGCGGGGUCGUGGGAGAACGACCUCGAAAUGGAUGUGGGUUCGGCUGGCCUGCGCGAUCGGUUUCCAGCGGCUGCACCUGCUCCGCUGGCGCGUUCAUCAGCGGUUCGAGCUGGACAACGUCGUGGCCUCUCCCUCGCUUCCCAGUGCGCUCAGAGCGUUCGAGCGAGAUUUUCUCUCUCGAGCGGGCUUUGUGCCUGGGGCUCGAGAUUGGGAGGUGUGAUGACCGAGUUAAGUCCUUCCUUCCCAUUUUCCUCCCUGCUCUCUCUCCCCUCCUUUCCUCCCUUCCUUUUCGGAGGUCGACUUUUCUUUCAGAAGCUGACUGUCUUGAAACUUGUUGCGCAGUGGAAGGCUGCGCACCUCUCCCUCUCUCUACUUUGUGCAGUAGCGGUUUUCGUUCUUGGAUGGAUCGGCAAGCCGGGUCGAUCGUCGUUGCGUUGGAGGCUUUGUGAAGUUCUCCCCUCUCUUUCCCCCCCUUUCUCCCUUCUCUUCCUCAUCUCGUUCCUGUUGCUCGGUUGUUGACUACGCUUCAGCCACUUCUCCUUUUAUUCCUAAGCCGUGUGUUGGAUUCCGUCGAAUAGAUCGUUCGUUCGCGUUGGUCAAGAUCUACGGCAUGGAUCGGGAAGAAAGGUCGCUCGUUUUUUUGGUCAAUAUCCUCGCGUCAAGGCGAGGCUCGUUUCGUUGUAUUGGAUCGUUUUCGCUCGGCCCUGACGGCUCAACAGCCAGCACUCGAGACUCAGCCAAGGGAGGACAUCAGGCGCUGUCGGGGUGACGAGUAG